AUGGCGGUAAGUUCAACUUGGUGGUUGUCUUCUUGAAUUUUAGGUAAUAAAAUCACAUAGAAAGCAAGCGCAGAGCUGGCUCUAAGUUGUACACAAAGGUUCUUGCAAGAUAUUUCGAAAUUUUUCGAAAAAUCGUAAGACCAGAUUUGCUUGCCUAGUGCAAUGUGGGAAAUCGUUCUAAACCGUCAAAUUUCAGUUCAACGCAGCCUACACUUCUUAUGCCGGUUAUGGAGGGUUUACCAAUGGAGGAGGAGAAGAUUCGUUUGGUGGUGCCGGUGCCUACAACCCUCGGUACCAUUUCCAAGCCGCCCAGAACGCGGGCUUCAAUCUCUCGGCCGAUGAUGGCCAGCCUCGGGUCUUGUAAGUGAUUAAUUUUGUUUUCUGGACUUUAGGCCCAGUUGGGAUCGGUUUGCAAUAUAAAAUUUUGAUAAUAGCCCUAGUGCAAUAUACCGGCCUAGUUUAACACAAAACUUUCUUCAGAUAUGUGGGAAAUUUGGACACAAGCGUCACUGAGGAGUUUGUUGCCACUCUGUUCAGCCAAAUGGGUCGAUUGGUGAAGACCAAGGUCAUUUUCGAUGUAAGUAUGUUGUUGCCCAUGAACAACAACUCAACCAUUCCGUCUCUUAAGUUUCUUUUUUUUUAUUCGAUUUUUUGAUGAUAAUUCUUCUUAUUAGUAACGAUAAUUGUUCUGUUACAGCGCAGAGUGUAGAAAGAUUGGAAGCGAAAAGAUACUUGAGCCGUGAGCUUUUUCACUUUUACAUUUUUCAUUUUUAUUUUUUGAAUUAUUAUUAUGAGUCUUGUAAUUUAUGUGUUCAUUUGUUUGGAGACGUUUCUGGGCCUUCGUAAUUGUCCGUAUUUCAGACGACUUCUGAUCCGUAUGCUUUUGUGGAAUUUGCGGACCACAAUUCCGCAACUCAAGCGCUACAGGCGAUGAACAAACGAAUGUUGUUGAACAAGGAGAUGAAAGUCAACUGGGCCACUCAGCCUGGCACCCAAAGCAAGGUCGAUACCAGCCGUAAGUGUUUUUCUGUAAUUUCUUAAAGUUUAGAAGAGUAUAUUAGGAAAUGCAAAAAUAUAUUGUGUAAUGUAAUUUAUCUCCUAUUUUCAGGGCAUUUCCAUGUUUUCGUUGGUGAUUUGUCCCCGGAAGUCGAUAACAAGCAGUUGAAGGAUGCGUUUGCCCCAUUCGGAGAUGUUUCGUAUGUUAACCAUCUUUUAUUGGACAUUGUUUAAAAUUUUAGUGAUGCCAAGGUGAUUCGUGAUCCCCAGACGACUAAAUCGAAGGGCUAUGGGUUUGUCUCCUACCCGAAGAGGGAAGAAGCCGAACGCGCCAUUGAUCAGAUGAACGGACAAUGGCUUGGACGCAGAACCAUCCGCACCAAUUGGGCCACUCGCAAACCCAAUGAUAAUGAAGGCGGUCCCCGCGGCCCCGGCGGACCACCACACGGACACCAUCAUCGCGGAACGUAUGAGGACAUCUACAACCAGGCUGGCCCCGACAAUACCUCGGUUUAUAUUGGAAAUAUCCCACCAUCCUCGACUGAUGAUGAUGUGAGACAAAUAUUCAAAAGGUUUGGAGCUGUAUUGGAUAUCCGCCACUUCAAGGCGCAAGGAUACUCUUUCGUCAAGUUCGAUUCGAAGGAAUCAGCGGCAAAGGCGAUCUUCGAAAUGAAUGGAGCUGAAUUUAUGGGACAGAACAUCCGAUGCUCUUGGGGAAAGGCUGAUGUAAGCGUUUUUGAUUGUUUUUUGUUGACUUUUAGGGCUGAAAGUGGCAUGAGAGGUCAAGAAAUGGAGGAGCAGAGAGCUUAUUGUUUGAAAUUUGAAAAAAAUAGGAUAAAAGAAUUGGUCAUGUUGUUUUUGAUGAGGUCUUGAAUUUUUUGUUGAAGGUUGCGUCAAGCUUCGAUGUUUUUUGAAAUCUGAAGGUCACAGAAUUGAAUAUGUCAUAGGGCAUCAAGAAAUGUAAUUUGGUCGAUUUCAGAGUCAACGUGCAGCCUCUCACGCCAACAACAACGCAGCAGCCCAUCUUGGCGGCGCCGCGGCCGAUCCCGCCGCCAUGGCCGCCUACGGUUCGUAUGGAACUCCAACUGCCCAGCAACAACAACAGUAUUGGCAGUACUACCAACACUACUACAACAACCCGGCCGUCCAACAACAAUGGCAGGCAUAUUACGCCCAAGCGGGCCGCGCCGUCCCCGGCGCUCCAGGCGCUCCUCCAAGUGCUGUUCCUCCAGCCGGCGCUGCCCCAGUCUCCGCUCCAAACCCCAUCAAGUACGAAUAAGAGACGGAGGAUGCCGUGCUAGAGAAAAGUCAUUAUAUUUUUUUUUAUUUGACUUAUAAAUUUUUCGUUUUUUCCCAUUUUUUCGCUUUUUUGACCGUCGAGGAAGUUUGUCGCUCAAAGUCUCGACUUUUUUCUUGGAUUUCCUUGGUGAAUUAGCUUCCUGUCUUUGGCAAGUUGAUAUUCAAAUCCCCCGCCAAUUGCAUGUUUUCCAGCGAAUUUCACUGAUUUUUCAUUGUUAUCCCAUUUCCUAGCGUCAUUUUUUGGAUUAAUGUUUGGUUUUUUGUCCUUUUUUCGGAUACAUUUCAAUUCUUCGAAUUCCUAAAGCCUAAAUAUUCUAAAUUAGUUCCAUACCCGACUAUUUUACUUGAGAACUUUUACAAUGUUACUCUUUUUUGGAUUCCUUUUUGUGUUUCAGACCUCUUUUCUUUGUUAUUUUUGGAUUAUUUUUCGAUUUUCAAUAAACAUUUUAUCAAAAACAGUUUUUUUUUAAUUUUGUAAGUAGUAUAUUGUAUUCUACAGAGUAUUUAAAAUCAAAUUUAAGGAAAAUGUAACGACUUUUUGGCCAUUUUAGUGUAAAAAUGUCGAAAUUGAUCCAUGAUGACGACGAUUUUGUCGAAUUUGACUCAAAAGACUUCAAAACUGACGCCAACACCCAACGCGAAGCGCAAGAUGAGAUGGACAAUGCAUGGGAGAGCACGUACGACACAAGACCAACGAAUUCGGCGUUCCAUCAGCAAAUCCGUGAGAGCAUUGCGCAAUAUGCAUCGGAAAACAAAGGACAACAAUAA